UUGGUAGAGGAGAGGUGAUGAUCUGUAUCGAACCCAUACUGGCUCAUUAGUCGAGCAGAUUCAUACCACCUAUGUUAUAUAGCAAUUUAGUUGGUAGGUGGAGUGUGAACGUGCUGCAACUACGGCCGUCAUCACUCGUCGUCAACAACGGGGCCGAGUAUCGUUUAUUAAUAGGUACACCUAGCUAUCAUAAUUAAUCGUAAACAAAUUUCGAUUAAGAAUCAAAUCCCGCACAACAGGCCCGACGCUGAUCAUAUUAUUAUGCUCGAAAUUUAAUGUGUCCAGCACCAGGUCGCGAUAAUCGUUAUUAUUGUUGCCGUUGUUAUUAUGUGAAAGUGCAUGUCCGCGACCAAUCGUUUUAACAAUGACGAACUCGACUUUGCUACUGCCUCAGUACCACAAGUAUCUCAAUGGCGCACCUGUGCCCUUCAGCAGGCGGACCCGGAGGAACAGCGAACUGUGUCUGGUCGUGCUGGUAUUCAUCUCCCUGACCAUCAUCUGCUUUGGAGCCGUGUUCUAUUUACCUGAGUUUAAGGCGACCUAUGGUGGCACUAUUAACAAUGUUUACAAACACAUACAGAACGCGGGGCCCGAACUGUUGUUGCCAGCUCACGGUAACUCGAGGCACGAUGGAGUACUGGAGGACCCGCACGCAGCUUGGGACAAACAAGCAUUGGAGGCCAAAAUUGAUGAGGACUAUUCGGACAAACGAAAAGUGUUAGAAAGACCAGACACUGGAAAUACUAUAAAACGGCACAUAAAUAACAAUAGUUUCAUCCCUGAAGCCGAACCAAUUGUUGAUCACGUUGAAACUAGUCAAACGUAUGAGAAUUCUGAGUUGAGACAAAGGCGAAACAAAGUUAAAGAAAUGAUGAAACAUGGUUGGGAUAAUUAUGUUAAAUAUGCAUGGGGUAAAAAUGAAUUAAAACCUGUAUCAAAAAGAGAUCAUUCUGGAAGUGUAUUUGGCUCAGCAAGUAUGGGUGCAACUAUUGUUGAUUCAUUGGACACAUUAUUAAUUAUGGGAUUACAUGAUGAGUAUAAACUUGGAAGAGAUUGGGUUGCGAAUAAUUUUACUUUAGAAAAUGUGAAAAUAGAUAUAUCAGUUUUUGAAACAAAUAUUCGUUUUAUUGGUGGUUUUCUUACAUGUUAUGCUAUGACUGGUGAUACUAUAUUCCGCGAUAAAGCUGAAUAUAUUGCAAUGAAAUUAUUACCUGCAUUUCAAACUCCAACUGGAAUCCCAUAUUCAUUAGUCAAUCUAAAAACAGGGAACAGCAAAAAUUAUUUAUGGGCAAGUGGUGGUAGUAGUAUACUAUCAGAAUUUGGUACACUACAUCUAGAAUUUGUAUACUUAUCAGAUAUCACUGGCAAUGACAUUUAUAGACAAAAAGUUGAUCAUAUCAGACAAUUUGUGAGAAGCCUUGAUCGGCCUAAUGGAUUGUAUCCAAAUUUCUUAAAUCCAAUUACUGGAAAAUGGGGACAACGCCAUGUAUCAUUGGGAGGCCUUGGUGAUAGUUUUUAUGAAUAUUUGUUGAAAGCAUAUAUACAAUCUAAUGGUAAAGAUUUAAUAGCACGUGACAUGUUUGAUGAUGCCAUGGCAAGUGUAAUGGAUAACUUAGUACAGACAUCGUCUACAGGACUAACAUAUUUAGCAGAUAUGCGUUUUGAUCGACUUGAACAUAAAAUGGAUCAUUUAUCAUGUUUUGCAGGUGGAAUGUUUGCACUUGCUGGGCAAACUCUAGGCAGUGAUGCGUCUAAGCACUAUACCGAUCUUGGAGCUAGUUUAACAGAAACGUGCCAUGUAGCUUAUGAUAAGACGGCUACUAAAUUAGGGCCUGAAGCUUUUAGAUUUACAGAUAAUUAUGAAGCAGUUGCAGUGCGUGGUACUGAAAAAUACAAUAUUCUACGGCCUGAAACAGUUGAGUCAUAUUUUGUCUUAUGGAGAUUAACACAUGAUAACAAAUAUCGAGAAUGGGGAUGGGAGGCCGUUCAAGCUUUUGAAAAACACUGUAGAGUAUCUGGUGGAUAUAGUGGAAUUAAAGAUGUUUACCAAAUAGAUUCAAGUAAAGAUGAUGUUCAACAGAGUUACUUUUUUGCAGAAACUCUAAAAUAUUUAUACCUAUUAUUCAGUGAAGAUAAUAUAAUUCCAUUGGAUAAAUGGGUCUUCAAUUCAGAAGCUCAUCCACUUCCUGUUAAAGGUCUUAAUCCUCAAUACAGAAUGCAUCAAUGAGUUUUGUAAUUGUUGUGAAUUAUACAUCUGGAAUGCCAAGAACUUUGUUUAUGAAUUUUUAAUAUAUGUUAAACAUAUCAAAAGCCAAAUUAGUUUUUGAAAUUCUUUGACAUAUAUUAGGUAAUUAUGUUUUUUUUUAUUUUUUAUUAAAAUCUAAAAUAUGUGUGAAUAUACAGUAUAUAAACUGCUGUUUACUAGUAUACAGAGUUAUUAAAAGUAUAUAAUAUUUUACCUGUUACCUUGUAAACAAACCAUUAUUUAUGGAGUGCAAGAUUUGAAUAACUUUGUAUAUCUAAUACAUAUUGUUUUAUAGAUUUUGUUUUGUUAAAUCUAAGUAUUUGAAAACUACUCUCAAUGAUUCAUAUAAUUAAUUUUCUGUGAUAAUAAAUUAAUUUUUUUUUUUGUCUAGCUAUAAUUCAAAUUUUAAGCAAGUUUCUUUGUUAUUGUUUGCCAAUCUUUUUUUAACAACUCUUAUAAUUUUUUCUUUAAUAAAUAUUAUUUUUAGUAUUUGUUAUCUUUAAUUUUUUUAAAACAAAUUAUGAUUUCACAGAUCUAAUGUAUAGUAUUAUGUUGUUUGAUCUUAUAUAUUUUGAUAAUUGGCAGCUAUUUAUAUACUUUUAACUCAUUAGAAUUAUGUAAAUUUUAAUAUUUACUAAUGCUAUAAAAGUAUUGCUAAAAUUUAAAUUAAUGAAAAAUUAUUUUAACAGGAUUUUAAUCUUAAGUUUUAGAACUAAUCAUAAAUACUCUAUAGGUAUAUUUAUAAAAUAAACUUAUUACUGGGGUUUGGGACGUUUUGUGCUAAAAACGUUUAAAACAUAAAUAGAAUUAAAACUAUCCAAACACUUUUUUUUUAUAUUUAUGAACAAAAAAUGUAUGAUUAAAUAAAAUUGAAAUAUUUAUUAAUUAAUAAUUAUAUUUAGAGAUUUGUUGCAUUUAAUAAUGUAUAAAUUUGUCAAAUCUGACUUUUGUGAAAUAUAUGCUAAGUCAAUUUUUAAUGUACCUUUACACCACAUACCAUACAUAUAAAUCAAUUAAAAAAAUAUUCAAGCCUGAACCCUAAUUAUGACCUACUUUUAUUAAAUAUAACUUGUAGAUAAAUAAUAAUUAUAAUAAUAAUACAUUUUUAUACUUUUAAAAGAAUGAUCUGAUUUAAUUUACUUUAUCUUGUUAAACAAGCUCCAAGAAUGUAUAUAUAAUCGAUGUUUUAAUAUUUAUUAGGUUUAAGUUAGUGGUGGUUUUAAUUAUUAAAUUCAAAAAAAAAAUUUUUUUUUUUUUUAUGUUUGAAGGUAGUAAAGUAAUUUUCCUGCACUUAAUUUGUGAGCAAAAUGUUUUCUAUAAUAUUUAUAAUACACAUAGUCUUAAUGUCUAAUGUAAUUUAUGUAAUUUAUAAAUGUAAAUUUUAUACCAUAAAAUACACUUAUAUUAUACAAUAGUUAAUAACAUACAGAGAACUCUAUCUGCUAGUCCUAAUUCAUAUACCUGUAACUUACAUUAAUAUGUUAUAAUCAAAUUUAUAUUUUUCAAACAAUAAAAAAUAACUAUAAUAUAUUAAUUUUAAAUUUACAAUCAGUUUUUUUGUCUUUUUUGUUCACAUUUACAUCAUAAUUGUAUUUUCCCCCAAGUGAAGACAAUUAAUUAAAUUGUUUUAUUGAUUCAAGCUAUAUCAAUAAAAUAUGAAAUAAUUUUGUUAAAUGUAACAGUUUUUAUUGUAUAUGAUUAAUUGCAUUUGAGAAUUAAAUGUUUAUUAUAUAGUUAAUUAUACAAUAUUUAUGUCAAAAAUAUUUGAUAUGUAUACUACUUUUUUUUUAGUAUUUAAACACUUCAUAACUUAUAUUGUCUGUGUUUCAAUAAGUUAAUUUAUUAUUUUCAUAAAAUUCAAUGAUAUACCAUUAUUUUCUACAACUUUUACCACUUAUUGUUUAAUUGAUACAGUUUUGUAAAUUAUGUAAUAUAUAUAUAGACAUUAAAUUAUCACAUUAAUAAAAUAUUAAUAUUACACAGGAUGAUAUAUUUUUAUGUGGUAGUUAUUAAGUGUUCUCAUCACAAGUCAUAAACAUAUAAAAAAAUCAUGCUUUAUGGCUUAUAACAGUAGCAAAGCUUCACAUGAAACAAUGUCUAUCCACUUAAAAUAUGGACAAAGAAUUUGGUUUUAUUAUAUUUAAAUAAAAUAAUUUUUUUUUCAAAUUUGAAUGUAAUAUUAUGUAUAUAUAUGUAUCAAUCUUUUUUCUUGUAAUAUUUUUAAAAUAAACUAGUUGUGCAUGUGACGACAUAGGGUCAUUUUCUAGUUAACAUCCGGAAUACGAAUAAAAUAGAAAAAUAAACAAUAUAAAACAAUGUCCAAUUUGUCUUGUUCAACACCAUUAAUAGUUUUUUUGUUUUAUAUUAUUUUUUAAGUAAUAUAUUUAUUUAUUAAAUAUAUAUUAAUAAGUAUUAUAAUAUAUUAUUAGCUCAGUGAUUGAUGUCAUGUCAUCUACACAAAUUUUAUUGUGAUGGAUUUUAAGUUAAGAUUUGUUUAUUUCUGGUGUGAUAUUGUCUAAAUAUGAGUAUCAACUAUCAAUAAUAUUGCUAUUAUGCCUGAUUAAUUUUUCAACAUCUUUGAUCUAAAGUCACACCUUGCCACUGGUUUGUUUUAAAGUAUACUAUUUAGUAAUACAAUAUUUGCUUAAAUUGCUUAAUUAAUCAAAUGUGUACAUGUAUGUUAUAUAUUAAUUAUUUGUUGUGUAAUAACUAAAAAAGCAAAUGUUACAUUAGACCAUAGAUAAUUUAACUUUAAAAAUUAAAAUGUUUAUUUUUUCUAGUUAAUUGUACUAACUACUAUAUUAUAUUAUUAAUACUAUUUAACUACUUUCUGUAUACUAUAAGAAUUAUACAUUUUAAAAUUACAUAAUAUAAUUUAUGUAUAUUUCCAUCCUUUAAAAAUGGAGUUUUUGUAUAAAUUGAUUUAUUUAACUACUCAAUUAUAAGUAGAUUGUUACAAUUAUAUUCAAAACAAAUAGUAUAAUAUCACAUUCGCAUUUAUUUUCAAAUUGUAAUUUAUUUGUACAAACUACAAACCUACUAUGUGUAUGUAAAUAUAAAAAUAUAGUUAAUAUCAAUGGUUCACUUUUGCAGUGACAUAAUUAUUGAUCAUAUUAUCAUAAUCACUUGUUAAGUAACUAAAUUAUAAAUACUAUUAUGAUGUGUUAUUAUGCUUUUAGUUGAGUUUAGAGUAAAUUAAUUUAAAAGCGUGUUAAAGUUUAUUUGUAAGAUAACAAAAUAAUAAACAAAAAAAAAUAUA